CCUUUUCUUGUCGGCGGGACUCCCGGGGAUCGCGGGGCGGGAGGCCGUCGCAGGGAGGCAGAGGGAGGGGAAGGAGGGAGAGGCCGGGCCGCCUUUUUCUUUUUGCAUAAUUUUCUUCAAUUUGCAAAUCCUAUUUUGCAAAUAAUUCGGGAGACGUUGCUUUUUUAUUCCCUCUCCCUGCUCCCCCGUUCUUCCCCGCGGAGUGCGCCGCGCGCCCAGCCCUGUCGUCCCCCGGAGGUGGAUCCCGCCCUCCUGCCUGCCCGCCAGCCUGACCUGUGCUGGGUUUUCGGGCCGCAGUUUCGGCCCCGCCGCGCCCCCGGCCGCUCUCGGCGCGAUGAGCAUAGACACGCUACUGGAGGCGGCCCGCUUCCUGGAAUGGCAAGCGCAGCAACAACAGAGAGCACGUGAGGAACAGGAACGGCUUCGCUUGGAGCGGGAGCGAGAGCAGGAGCAGAAGAAGGCCAGCAGCCUGGCUAGGCUGGCCCAUGCCCUGCCCUUGGAGGAACCCCGCAUGGAGGCACCGCCCCUGCCUCUGUCCCCCCCUGCGCCCCCGCCAGCUCCCCCGCCACCUCUCGCCACCCCCACCCCACUGACUGUCAUUCCUAUUCCAGUGGUGACCAACUCCCCUCAGCCUUUGCCCCCACCACCCCCACUGCCCCCUACAGCUCAGCCUCUGCCCCUGGCACCUCGACAGCCUGCCCUGGUUAGCACUCCUGGACUCAGCAUUAAGGAACCUGCUCCCCUGCCCACCAGGCCACAAGUACCCACACCCGCACCCCUGUUGACGGACUCUAAGACCACAGUUCCACCUACUGGCAGCCCCAAACCUUUGCAGCCCCUCCCCACGCCCAUCCUGACCAUAGCACCACAUCCUGGAGUGCAACCCCAAUUAGCACCCCAGCUAGCACCCCAGCAGCCACCUCCACCCACUCUUGGGACCCUGAAGCUGGCACCGGCUGAAGAAGUCAAAUCCAGUGAACAGAAGAAGAGGCCUGGGGGGAUCGGAACCAGAGAAGUCCACAACAAAUUGGAGAAGAACAGGAGGGCCCAUCUCAAGGAGUGCUUUGAGACCCUGAAGCGCAACAUCCCCAACGUGGACGACAAGAAGACGUCGAAUCUGAGCGUGCUGCGGACGGCGCUGCGCUACAUCCAGUCUCUGAAGAGGAAGGAGAAGGAAUAUGAGCAUGAGAUGGAGCGGCUGGCGCGGGAGAAAAUCGCCACACAGCAGCGGCUGGCUGAGCUCAAGCACGAGCUGAGCCAGUGGAUGGAUGUGCUGGAGAUCGAGCGUGUGCUCAGGCAGACGGGCCAGCCUGAAGACGACCAGGCCUCUACCUCCACCGCCUCUGAGGGUGAGGACAACAUAGACGAGGAUAUGGAGGAGGACCAGGUCGGCCUGUGCCCAUCUAAGCUGAGCCUUCGCCCUCACCCGGAGCUGCCGAAACCACCACCCAGCACAGCCCCUUUGCCUCUGCCCCCACACCAACACCCCCAUACCCAGUCCGUGGCCCUGUCUCCUGCCCACCUGCCUGGGCCACAGCCACCACAGCAGAAGACACCAUUGCCAGCUCCUCCUCCCCCGCCAGCUGCCCCUGCCCAGACACUGGUGCCUGCUCCAGCCCAUCUGGUGGCUACAGCUGGGGGAGGCUCCACGGUCAUUGCCCAUACAGCCACCACCCAUGCCUCAGUCAUCCAGACUGUGAACCAUGUGCUCCAGGGGCCAAGUGGCAAGCACAUUGCACACAUUGCUCCCUCGGCCCCCAGCCCUGCUGUUCAGCUGGCACCUGCCACACCCCCCAUUGGCCACAUCACAGUGCACCCUGCUACCCUCAACCACGUGGCCCACCUUGGCUCCCAGCUGCCUCUGUACCCACAGCCCGUGGCAGUGAGCCAGCCUGUGGCUGUGAGCCACAUUGCCCACACCCUCUCUCACCAGCAAGUGAAUGGCACAGCCGGGCUGGGGCCCCCAGCAACUGUUAUGGCAAAGCCAGCUGUUGGGGCUCAGGUGGUGCAUCACCCCCAGCUGGUAGGCCAGACAGUGCUCAACCCUGUGACCAUGGUCACCAUGCCCUCCUUCCCGGUCAGCACACUCAAGCUGGCUUGAGGGUGAGGCCACUCAGGCCCCCAGUGGGGGCAGAAGGGGGCCCUCCCCACUCUCCCACCCACCAGCUCCACACAUUCCAGCCAAGUCCACCCCACUCCACCCACCCCUAGGGGAAAGGGGUGCAGAGACUGAGCCAGGGGAUGGAGGGGCCACCCCAAGGAGCUGGGCACAGGGCAAGGGAGUCCCCUACUGCACUAGGACUUGAUGAAACAAUGAGAUUGUUGGGUGAACGUGCUGCCUCUCCGGCCUGGUGGCAGCUCUGGUGCCAUUCUUGCUCCCUGCCCUAUCCCCUACACACAAUGUGAUGUAGACCUACUCUCUGACUCCUGCCCUGCUGCCUUCCACUGCUGCUGCUAUUGCUCUAGCUAAUGAAGGUCUUGAGUCCCACCUUCUCUUCCCAGAUAUUUGGAGGGGUAGGGGAGCAGAACUCAAAACAGCUUGGCCUAGAAAGCUUGAGACUGUAGGUCCCUGCUCUUGUCCAAGUGACAGCUUCUAGGAAGUGGCUGGUCGCGGGUCCCCUCAAUCUGGGGCUCUCCAACCCAGCUGCAGUCACUUGAUUCAUUUUAGCAGAAACCAGAUGAUCUGCCAAGAAUAAAACCAAACCCAAGCUGUUGUCAAGUUUCCCAAGCCCCUCCAACCCUUGCUUGCUGGGCUCUUGACCUCAGGAGAGCAGGUUGGGUCUGGAGUGGUGGAGGAGAGGCUAUGAUCUCCCUACCCUCACCCCUGUAUCCUGGGUCUGGAGUGAGAAUAAGGCUCUUGACUCUCAGAAGGCAAAGGGGAGGUAUUUUUUUCCCCCUGGGCUUUCUGGCCUCUGCUCUGCUGGAAGGAAAGGGGGAUACAUCUAGGUGCCUCCUAGAGUCUGAAAGACACGGACCAGCAGCUGGUAUGAGCUUCAGAAGCCUGAAUCACCCUAUUGAGGCCAUCGCAAAGCUAAAGCCCAGAGGUUAGGCCAAAGCCUCUCCCUUAUUGAAGUGUUCCGGCCCUGGAGAAGAGGGAGCAAGGCCAAAGCAUCAAGAGGUGCUGCCUCUGCCCCAGCUUCUGUCUCUAGUAUCAUUUUCCUGGCACAUCCCUUCCCCAGUGGCCUAUUCUGAGUACCCUCCUUGGCGGGCUGCAGUGUGCCACCUCUUUCUUUCUUCUGGGUCCAAGGCAGGGCGAAGUGUGGGCUCAGGAGGCAUGAGAGAGAGCACCAGGUUGUAAUAGGGAUGCUGUUCUCCCUGCCUCAGCUUCUUGCCAUGCAGCUUUGUCUUCU